CUGUAGUGCGCGCUCGGCAUUCGCCGACGAUACUUCGCGGCCGUCCGUAACACACGACACGCUUCUUCUCCCCGACAGCCGAGUGUGCGCCGACUGCCUGGUGCGCGGUUCAUACGCAACUAGAGAGAAGUGCGGCUGUGAGAGAGAGAGAGAGAGUAUACAAGUAAAUAGUGCAGCAGGAUGAGUGUCAGGGCGAGCAAGACCGGCAACGGGCUCUACCAGUUCCAGGACUACCUCAGGGAGCCCGACACCAGGACCAAGUGGCAGAUCUUCAAGGACAGCCUCUACAACCCCGCCGACGGCACGAUCUUCGGACACACCAAGAAGCGAUGGGGUAUCGUGGGCAUAUUCUACUUACUAUUCUACAGUGUUCUGGCUGUGCUCUGCUCAAUAUGCAUGAUGGGACUGAUGGCGACGAUAGACGAGAACAGGCCGAAGUGGACCCUGGACAGCAGCCUCAUAGGAACGAAUCCUGGGCUGGGAUUCCGACCGAUUUCGGAGCGAACGGAAGAAAAGUCCUUGAUCUAUUACAGCUCGAACAAUGCCACUCAGAUAAAGGAAUGGGUGAACCGACUGGACAUGUUCCUCGAAAACUAUCUGAACAAGUCGAAACUGCCGGAGUCGGGGCGCAAUCAGGUGAUCUGCGACUACGACAGGCCUCCAGCGCCCGGUAAAGUAUGCGCCGUCGACAUUAACAGCUGGGGUCCUUGCUCAGCCGAGCAAAGCUACGGCUUCAAUAACUCCUCGCCCUGCAUCUUCAUUAAGCUUAACAGGAUAUACGACUGGAUACCGGAAUACUACAAUGACUCGUCCGACCUGCCGGACGAAAUGCCACAGGACCUGAAGGAUCACAUAAAAACGGUUGAUAAAUCAAAGCUCAACACUGUCUGGGUGUCGUGCCGAGGCGAGAAUCCUCUCGACCGCGAAACCAUCGGAGAGCUGGAGUAUUAUCCACGAUCUCAAGGAUUUCCCGGAUUCUACUAUCCGUUCGUCAACACGCCGGGAUACCUCAGUCCCGUUGUGGCUGUUCAUCUCAAGCGACCUAUGAGAAACAUAAUAAUCAGCGUCGAGUGCAGAGCUUGGGCAAAAAAUAUAAUCUACAAAUCAAAGAGAGGAGAAAAAGCAGGAUCCGUUCACUUCGAGCUGUAUAUAGUGGAUGAUUAAUGCAGCCUUAAUCGAGGAAUUACAAUUUAAGGAAAAAAGAAAUUGCCCGCCUGUGCCUGCUUCUCACCUACACAUUUCACAUACUCGGCUCGUCGGAUCAACAAGGAUAAUCGAAUGUUGUACAUUAGAUAUUAGUUCGUGUGCGACGCCGAUCAAACGUUUUUAUCUCUCUCUUUCUCUCCUCUGCAUUACAACCAGCUUCACGUGCAUCACGCAAUCAUCGUUAUAUGACAAUCGAUUUACGAUUUUCAUGCUUAGCAGGAAAAAAUUCUCGAUGCGUCGAGGAGAAUACAUGUGUACUUUUAUAUAUAUAUAUAUAUAUAUAUAUAUAUAUAUAUAUAUAUAUAUAUAUAUAUAUAUAUAUCACUCCGUAAAUGUAACUUAGAACAAAAGAUAAAAAAAAAACAACAACAAAGCUACUGCCGCUGUCGAGUUCUCCACGCGCGAUGACGAAUUAUGAUUAUGAUUCAUUGAACCUUACGAAGAGCCCAUUAGAUAUUAAUCGUAGUAUGCACUGAGCCAUAUGUAUUAUAUGCGCGAGUAUACACUAGUAUGUAGCUAGCUUCUAAGGAGAUUUUAGGUAAGUUUUUUAAUUUUACAAUAGUUCAAUCAGAGCGUUUCCCUUCGAGCGACCGUUGUCUACAGUGAUUUCAGUUAUUUUUUUUUUCUCCAAAGGCAGUGUCACGCGGAAAACACUCUUAUUGAGUCUGAUUGAAAUCUUCAAGCAGCAAACGUACAAAAACUCAAUUACGAGUCUACUUACAAAAACAAUCGGCGCAAAAUGUACUUGAAUUGAUUUUAACGCAAAAGUUAAUCAGUAUAGUGAUAGCGUUUAUCAAAUAGCGAUUCACGUUGUUAUAUUGGACAAGAAAAGCAGAUAUAUUAAUCACGCAAUGGAAAACGACUUUUAACUUAAAUUUUAAUAUUUAUAUAUUCAAGUAUAUGUAUAUCACUGUACUUAAAUUGUAGAAUUAAAUGUUUGAUAUGUUCGUAUUAAAAACUUAAAAUAUAUAUAUAUAACAUUAUGGUUUCUCGUCACCUGGUGUGAUUAUAAACGACUCCUAUAUUUGCAAUGUUUGCCCGAUGCAAGAUCACGAUAAUUCAAUUUAAGAACGUAAAGUUUGAAAGAUUGAAUGUCUAUUUCUUUUCUUGCAUGCGUAUAUAUACCCAUGUAUGUAACUAUUUACUACGCUGGAUUCGUAGUACAUCAAGUACGAAUUGUAUAUAUAAGGUUUUAAUCACAUUAAAUUAAACCUCUUAGUUUGUAAGUUUAUGAUAGAGCAACUGUAUUGUCAGUAUAAAAAAAAUUGUUUUCACAGAGUGAAAGUGUAUACUAAAAGCGUUAAGACCACGUUGUUCAGUCCUUCUUUUUUGUAAAUCAAUAAAUCAUGUGAUUGUGUAAA